AUGCCAGUGUUUUACAGCCCGAUACCCCAGAAUCUGAGAGUGGGUCUGGCAAACGCCAGUAGUGCCAUAUUUAUCAACAACAAAACAAGAGAUAGCGGUUAUCUGGGGGGACAUGGCAUUGAGAAUGAAGGUGAGUUUUCCAGCAAGGUUUCAUCUCACCUGCCUCUGCAGAUGCUUCUCUACUUCAAUAUGUUCUUCUUUCCUUUCUGGUGGCUCUCUGAGAUUGUCAUGCUGGACUUAAAGUUCACCCUACUGCCUGGAUACUACCAGUGUCUGAUGGUGGGUGGAAUGGUAAUAAUUAGCGCACUUGAGGUUCUCCGUGUGUACCUCGGCUACGUUGGGAACCUGAAAGAAAAGGUCCCGGAGCUUGCUGCUUUCUUGCUGAUCUCUUUAGCUUUCCAGCUGCCCAUCCUCCUCUUCUUCCUCACCGAUGAAGGCCUGAUCAUCCUCCCUCUGGAGCAAGCAGUGCACGCUCUGUAUCUGGCCUUCCUCCUGGGCGAGGUGUUGUCUUCAUUUGUGGCUCUGAGGGUCAUGACGAGGAAACUCACGCUGCAGUUCCACCUCAGGCAGUUCAGGCCUGUAGACACAUCCUCUAUGUUCAGCUUCUCUUGUGGAAACAGGAGUGUGUUACCGGUUCUCCCUACGCUCAGAGACGCCCAACCACAGUGAUUAGACACAGGUGCUGUGUUUCAUUUGAAGUUACC